AGUUCCUGGGGGUCCGAAGCCCUCUUCGGACUUCCGCGGGCACCAGGCACGCACGUGUUGCACACACUUGCAAGCAAAACACUCGUACACAGAACAUAGAACUUUAAAGAGCUUGAAAAAGUCCUGGAACAGUGAACUGCCAGGCGUAGCGCCAGGACAGUGUUGGUUAGCACUGUCUUUGGUUCGGGGGAAGCUCUGGGUUUGACUUGGUAUCCCUUUCGGCUUUCACGUCCAGUCUCGUCAUCCUGUCCGCAACAUCCGGUCCUCCCUGGGUACCCCGCCUGACUCCAGUCCCCGCCUCGCGUCCCCCCGCUGGAGCACCGGGGCGGCUCUCACCUGGAGAGGGAGGCGGGGAAGUGGGGCGGGCGCGUGGGGCGGGUGACUCACCGCGGGGCGGGGCCCCGGGGCUGCAAGUCCGCAGGUGGGUCCCCGCCUCGCCGCGCGCCCAGAGCGCUCCGUCCCUCGGCCGCUGCGCAGCACCUCCGUCCCCCGGAGCCGUCCCGCGCCGCAGCCCCCGCGAGUCCCCGCCGCUCUGCGCGCAGCAUGGCGCUCCCCCGGGCCCUCGCCUUCGGGCUCCUGCUCGCGGUGGUCGCGGCGACGCUGGCCGCGGCUCAGCAAGGCUGUGUCUGUGAAAACUACAAGCUGGCGACAAGCUGUUUUUUGAAUGAAAAAAAUGAAUGCCAGUGUACGUCCUAUGGUUCACAGCAUACUGUCGUGUGCUCCAAACUGGCAUCCAAAUGUCUGGUGAUGAAGGCGGAGAUGUCUCACAGUAAGUCUGGGAGGAGGCAGAAACCUGAUGGGGCCAUCCAGGACAAUGAUGGGCUAUACGAUCCUGAGUGCGAUGAGCAAGGGCUCUUUAAAGCCAAGCAGUGCAACGGCACGGCCACGUGCUGGUGCGUGAACAGUGCGGGCGUCCGAAGAACCGACAAGGAUACAGAAAUAACCUGCUCCGAGCGAGUGAGGACCUACUGGAUCGCCAUCCAACUGAAACACAAAGAAAGAGAAAACCCCUACAACCUUCAGAGUUUGAAGACUGCACUUCAGGAGACAUUCACAUCUCGAUACAAACUGAAUCCAGCAUUUAUCAAAAAUGUUUUGUACGAGAAUAACAUUAUCACUAUUGAUCUGAUGCAAAACUCUUCUCAAAAAACUCAAGAUGAUGUGGACAUAGCUGAUGUGGCUUACUAUUUUGAAAAAGAUGUGAAAGGGGAAUCCUUGUUCCAUUCUUCGAAAAUGGACCUGACAGUAAAUGGAGAACAGCUUGAGCUGGACCCUGGGCAGACCAUCAUUUACUAUGUUGAUGAAAAACCACCCGAGUUCUCCAUGCAGGGCCUCACGGCCGGUAUCAUUGCCGUCAUUGUGGUGGUGGCCUUAGCAAUCAUCGCAGGGGUGGUUGUGCUGGUUAUUUCUACAAGGAAGAAGUCAACAAAAUAUGAGAAGGCGGAGAUAAAGGAGAUGGGUGAGAUACAUAGAGAACUCAAUGCCUAACUGCUCUGCUUUGAGAAUGGAACCACCAGAAGGGGAAUUGGCGAAAGACCUCAGAUGGCAACUGUAUAAACAUGGGACAAGACCUUUCUGUUUUGUUAGUUAUCAUCACAUAUUUGUAAUAAUGGAAUUUGUACUUAUAAAUACAAGCAGCUUGUCAUUGGCAUUACCAAUCUUAAAUUAGGCAAAUGUCUAUGUGCAGGUGUGGUGUGGAACUCAGAAAUUACCCUGCAUAGUUAAAAUAAUUUAUGCUUAAUAUUGAAGAGAGUGCGUCACAAACAUUCCUCAGUAGAAUACGAUGACUAGUUUCAUUUUCUGAUUAAAGCUGAGUUUCUAUAUACCUGAGUCUUGUACAUAAUAAACUUUUUUUUUUAAUGAAAUAAAACAUUUUUAAACUGA